CGCCGUCGCGCAUUGCUGUCCUCUUCGAGAUUCCCGGUGUGAGAGAGUACAACACCACCACCGCGCAAUAAUUCCGAGGCAGCGAAGCAACCACACUCUUUUUCUACUACCCAAAACCGAUUUGCCAUCCCGCCCGCCAUGGCCGACGAAACCUUCACCCUCCUGCCGCUCCAAAUGGACCCGCAGACCAAGGCCAUCACCGCCUCACCCUCGAGCGCCCAGCUGGAGAAAGAGCUCAUGGAGCUCAACGAAGCGCACCGCUCCAUCCUCACCCUCGAGACGCCGGGCCAGACGCCGCCGCCGCCCGUGCCCAUCAACCCGAAGCGGUCGGCCGCGAUCAACAAGCUGCGCGAGUCGGGCAACGCCGCCUACAAAAAGGGCCAGCACCUCGAGGCGCACCGCUUCUACACGCAGGCCAUUGACACGGCGCUGGCGCGCCCGGGCUGGGAGCCGUCGCAGCUCGUGCGCGAGGAGCUCGCCAUGCUCUACUCGAACCGCGCCCAGGCCGCCAUGGCCAUGCAGAGCUGGGGCGAGGCCGCCGUCGACGCCCAGACCUCCGUCGACAUGAAGCGCGUGCAGAACGCAAAGGCGUGGUGGAGGCGCGGCCGCUGCCUCGUCGAAAUGGGCCGCAUCAAGGAGGCCAGGGAGUGGGUGCGCCAGGGCUUGGAGUUUGACUCGUCCGAGGCCGACCUGCGCGCCCUCAUCGACGAGAUUGAGGGCCUGGUGGCCAGGGGCAAGAGCGACUAAAUGCGGGGGGGGGCAGCAAUUGGGAGCGGAGUACUUGUACUAGUGCGUGCGGGGAGGGGAGAGCCGUUUGCGGCAGACGCGACGCGACGAGACGAAUGGCAGGCAGGGCGUAAUAGGCGUAUGGCGCAAUGACGGGAAGGGUUUGAGGGUUGGUUCCAUGCCAUGUUCCGAGCAUCACGUCUGGCUGGCGAGCGACCCGGCGGCUGGCCGAGCGACAUGAGUUAAUUCCAUAUACGUACCGUGAGCGAGAUAGGGACCGAUACAACGGAACACUCCUCGUCUAGCUAAAAGCCCGAGUCCUAGAUAUGGGGUGAAAUGGUUCUAGAGCAUACACGUACUAUAAAUAUCUUGGCUAGAUUUCUUCUACUCCGGAC